AUGCACAAUCUCUUUCUUGCAACCGUCAAGCGCAUAGUGCAGAUUUGGAAAGAGCUAGAGUACUUUGACAACCAAGCUCUGUUGGCCAUGCAAGAUCUGGCAAAUGGUGUUGUUGUUCCACCUGACUAUGCACGUAUCAACAAAAAGAUAGCCGACGGAUUUUCUUUCAUGAAAGAUGACGAGUGGAAAUCGUGGUGCCUUAUUUACUCUCCUUUUGUCCUGAAGCGCAUUCUUCCAGUGAAGCAUCUUUCCAACUGGAUUGCCCACGCCCAUCUCCAAUCGUUCUGUAAAGGGUUUGAGAAGCUGUAUAAAGAAUUCCCUGUCACUCCAAACAUGCAUUUACAUCUCCAUCUGGGCGAGUGUAUUAACGAUUUCGGCCCUAUCUCUGUUACUAUCCAAUAA